UACAAUCUAAGGGGUUCCUGAGCAGUUUCUGGUCCGAGUCCUAGGAGCGCUGCGUCCUGUCAGCCUUGUCUCUAACCACAGACCUCCAUCCCGAAACAGGCGAAAUGCUGGGGUUAACAGCCUCUCGCUAGGGUUAGCCCUCAGCGAGGCAGGAUGGAAAAACCGGUCACAGGGAGAGUCUGGGAAAGCGAAAGCCCUAACAUGGCGGGCAAUUAGCAAUCUACUUCCGGAAUUUAAAGCCGGCUUCCGGAAGCCGGUAGGGUGUUCCUAUGACAACCGACAUCGGUUCUUUGAGGCCCUUGUAUUAGAGCCACGGAAACAGCUCUGAUUUGGAAAAACUCUCCCUGAGUUCUGGGCAGGGGGAGAACCAGAAGUUAUUUUCUUCAGGACCGUGGAAUGUACCCCAGGGAGUCCCAAAAGUCAGACAGAAGAUGCUUCAGACCAGUAACUAUAGCCUGGUGCUCUCCCUGCAGUUCCUGUUGCUGUCCUAUGACCUGUUCGUCAAUUCCUUCUCGGAGCUACUACGAAUGGCUCCUGUUAUCCAGCUCGUGCUGUUCAUCAUCCAGGAUAUUGCAAUCCUCUUCAACAUCAUCAUAAUUUUCCUCAUGUUCUUCAACACCUUCGUCUUCCAGGCUGGCCUGGUCAACCUCCUGUUCCAUAAGUUCAAAGGGACCAUCAUUCUGACGUCUGUGUACCUCGCCCUCAGCAUCUCCCUGCAUGUGUGGGUCAUGAACGUGCGAUGGAAAGACUCCAGCAGCUUCAGAUGGACAAAUGGCCUGCAGACACUGUUUGUAUUCCAGAGACUAGCCGCAGUGCUGUACUGCUAUUUCUACAAAAGGACAGCCGUGAGACUAGGUGACCCCCGCUUCUACCAGGACUCACUGUGGCUGCGCAAGGAGUUCAUGCAAGUCCGAAGGUGACCACUUCAUCUCACGUUGAUGAACACCUUUCCUUCCUGUUAGAAGGCACCUGGGCUGCUCUCCAGGGAGGGGCAGGCAUUGGCAGCAGGAAACAAAUGGAUUUCCUGGACACAUUUGUGCUAGCUAUGCUCAGCACUCAAGAAGGAAGACUCACCAGGCAUGGUUGGAAACAGACAGGAGGAUUGCUGUGCGUUUGAGGCCACCCUAGGCCUACCUACUGAGUUCUAGGUUAGCCUAUAGAGGGAGACCCUACCUAAAAUCAACACCAGGAGGACCUUCCCUAUUGCAAAUUAAAGUGUUCUCCCCACAGUACCAAGUCAGUGUUGCCUCAUCCUCAGUCCACCCACUUCCUUCUCUACUCUGUACCACUCACUGUCUUUCCCUCGUCCUUCCUGAGGAUCUGCAGGCUGGAGUUCCCACUCUUUAAGGCUAUGGUUCAGCCUUUGGGUAGCAUCGUCUCAGCCCAGGCCCUGUUCUUCUGGUCCCAUACUUGAGUGACUGGAGGAUGCAGACAAUGGUGGCCAUGUCCUCCUGACUCACCACACCUUAGUUGUUUAGAUUUUAUAUCCAAAGUACUUUUUUUAUAGUUCUAAAAGGAAAUAAAUUGAAUUCUUUUUUUUUUUUUAAAUAAAUGGUAGAGCGUG